AGCAUAGAAUAAUAUUUACCUUAAAGGUUUAUUUUGUUAUAUAGUUUGAGUUUGUGUUUUGCGAAAAAAAAAUAUAUCUAUGGAUUUGAUAUUGGCAUCGAAAAAAGCAGAUAAAACGAUAGUGGAAGUUGAAGGAGUUGGUGGAUACUACACUUGGUCAAGCAGCCAAUUUCCUGUUCUUAGCCAGAAAAAAGUUGCUGCUGGAUUAUUACUUCUUCACCCUCGUGGAAUUGCUCUACCUCACUAUGCUGAUUCCUCAAAAAUUGGUUAUGUUUGUGAAGGUGAGUGCAUUCUUGGACUGAUCUCACCAGAAGAUUCAAAAGAGGAAGUUAUAAAGAUUCAAAAAGGGGAUACCCUACCAGUUACCGUGGGAGUAACUUCAUGGUGGUACAAUGCUGGUCAUGACUCAAAACUCACAAUAAUUUUCUUGGGAGAAUCAUCUGAAGAAUACACACCUGGAGAAUUCUGUUAUUUCUUUUUAACUGGAGCCGCUGGUAUUCUAAACGGAUUCUCUAAUGAUUUAAUUGCUAAAUAUUUUCACAUGAACAAAAAUGAAUCUGAAAAACUAAUGAAAGAUCAAAGUAUUUUAAAUCUUUUAAUUAAGAUAAAUGAAGGUACAACUAUCCCAAAUCCAUCGAACAGCGCGAAACGCAAGUUGGUUUUCAACUUGGAUGAUGCAAAACCUUGUGUUGACGUAAAAAAUGGUGGAACUUUAUCUUCUGUAAGUGGUAAAAAUAUAGCGUUGCUUGAAGAGAUUGGAUUAAGCGCGAAUCGCGUUGUUUUGGAAGGGGGUGCUAUACUUGGUCCAAUUUUUACAGCGGAUAAUUCAGUUCAACUGAAUUAUGUAACGAAAGGGAGUGGACGUGUUGUAAUUGUGGGGCUUUUUGGUAAGGUUGUGUUGGAUACUAAAGUGGAAGAAGGUGAAUUGUUCUUUGUACCAAAAUUCUUUCCGUUUGUUGUGGAAGCUGAUGAAGGAGGAAUUGAGUUCUUCUCCGUGAAAACGUCGUCAAAGCAAGUAUAUGGAGAAUUAUCAGGUGGGAAAAAAUCAAUUUGGGAAGCAGCAUCUUCAUCAAUUUUAGAGGUAUCUUUAAAUAUGACUCCAGAUUUGACUAAGUCUUUCAAGGCCAAAAUUGCUAAGGGUGCAGUGAUUGCCCCACCUUCAACUGUUUAAGUAAUUAAUUGUUAGACGACAUUUGAGUUUAUUAAGUGUCUAAUAUGUAAUUCUAUUCUUGAAAAUAAAUUCGAUGACUAUCUUGUAUGAUUCGGGGGUAAUCGAUGGAACUCUACCGAAUAAUGUGUGUAAAAGAUUAUAUAUAUAGGAGCUUUUGUUUUAUAUGCUACUGUUGUGUGCCAGUAUGUAUAAUAUAUGUAUGUCGUCUUAAUA